AUGUAUGAUUAUGAUAUAUCAAGUUUAACCACCUUUUUAAUUGGAUCAAAACCAGUAUCAUCAACAAAGAAAGAAGAAGAACACCAUCAUCAUCAUCAUCCAUCACCAACCAACCAACCAACACAACAUACAACAACAUCAAUCAAGAUAAAGUAA